AUGUCAUUCGCAACUAUGAGAGCUGUGGACAUAUCUCCCGACGCUCCCCAUCCACCCCCAGCGUCAUCUCUCUAUAUCAACCACUCUAUUCCCCGGCCCGUUGCCAAACCCAACGAAUGCCUCAUCCGCGUCAAAGCCUUUGGUCUUAACCGUGCCGACACCCUGCAGCGCGUGGGCUUGUAUCCCUUGGACCCAUCAUGGCCUAAGAUUAUGGGACUUGAGUUUAGCGGCAUAAUUGAGGAGGUUGGCUCUGAGCCGAGAGCUGACAGGGGGCUAGAGUGGAAAGUGGGCGAUGAAGUUUUUGGUCUGGCGUACGGUGGUUGUUACGCAGAGUUCGUGGCCGUGCAUAAACGCACUAUUAUGAAGAAGCCGGAGAAGAUGAGCUGGGGAGUUGCAGCAGGCAUCCCAGAGGUCUGGUUCACCUCUAUUCAAGCCCUCUACUUCGUCGGGAACUACUCCCCAACACAGACGCGCACAAUCCUCUGGCAUGCCGCUGCGUCUGCCGUCUCUAUUGCAGGUAUCCAGCUAUCGCUCGCUGCCAACUCUAAGCUGGGCCACCAGCCUCCGAGAGUAUACGCGACAGCCCGUCAAGACGCCAAAUGCUCUGUUGCAACCUCCCUCGGUGCCACCGCCGCCAUCAACACGACUACCACACCAUCUUGGUCCACAGAACUCAAGCGCCUCAACAAUGGGAAGGGAGUGGACCUGGUCAUCGACUUUCUUGGCGCCUCCGCCUUUGCACAAAACUUAGACGUACUAGCGCUAGACGGAUGCAUUGUCCAGCUUGGAUUAAUGGGUGGGAUGAUGCUGCCAGAGAAGGUAGAUAUAUCGGCGUUUGUGUUAAAACGCAUACGCUUGGAGGGAAGUACACUGAGGACAAGGGAUGUGGAGUAUCAAGGCAGGUUGUUGGAUAUGUUCGAGGAAAACGUAUUAGAGUGGUUGGUAGGAGGGCAGUUUAAGAGCGGAGUAGAGACUAUUGUCGCAUGGGAUGAGGUGGGAGAAAUGCAUGGCCGAUUGGAAAGAAAUGAGACAAAAGGGAAGAUUGUGUGUCUUGUUGACUGA